AUGCACAACCAACACGUGCUCGACCGCGCGUACGGCUUCAUUCCCCACCAUGUUCUCAAGCGCGCUUGUGCCUCACAUCUCGUCUACGCGAUACAGGCAUGCUCCGCCAUCACGUUUAGCCAGCACCUGCCCGCGCCCCAUGACCCGCACGAGCGCAUACCCGCCCAUGUCUCGGGCGUGAAUGCGCUGACCAUUGACAAGUUCGAAGGGCGGUAUCUUCUCUCUGCAGGUGCCGAUAGCUCCAUUGCCAUAUGGGAUCUUGAAGCGCAGACAAGUGCGACCGAAGCCGGGGCGACGUAUCUGCCUCUGACGGCGGUGAAGAAGACGAGCAAAGCACACAAGCUGGGCAUUACGCAGAUACAGUUCUACCCAUUUGACUCGCUUGCGUUUCUCACGUCAUCGUACGACCACACGGUGAAGCUCUACUCGAGCGAAACGCUCGCCGCGUCUGCAUCGUUCGACUUGGACUCGGUUGUGUACAACAUUGCGCUAUCGCCAAUCGCCUCGCAUCUGCUCGUCGCAUGCGCCACGCAGUACCCAAACGUACGUCUUGUGGACCUUCGAUCUGGCGCGACGACACAUAGUCUGGCGGGUCAUUCUGGCGCUGUCCUUUCUACAGCAUGGAGCCCAGUCCGCGAACACAUUCUCGCCAGCGGAGCUACAGACGGCACGGUGCGCUUCUGGGAUGUGCGUCGUAGCGUCGGUGAGGUGGGACUGCUUGAUCUCGAAGACACGGUUGGUCUCGGAAACCAUUCCUCGUCGUAUUCGCGCAGCCAGACGAUGAAGCAAGCGCAUCGGGGACCUGUAAAUGGGCUUUUGUGGACAGAAGACGGCAGACAUUUGGUUAGCUGCGGCCACGAUGCGCGUAUCCGCGUUUGGGACACGGGCACAAGUGCCAACACGCUCGCAAACUUUGGGCCCAUGGUCAGGAAUAGCGGACUCUCUCCGCGCAUGCCCGUCUUGGCUCCAGCACAGUACCUCCAGCCGAGCGCCGACGUCCUCUUCUACCCCAACGAGUCUGAAAUUCUCGCCUACGAGCUCUUUGAUGGCAAGCUAAUACGGCGUCUGCGUCGCUCGCAGACGGCGAUGGCGGCGCAGCGCAACGCGGGCAAAGACAAAAUCACCAGUCUGGCCUGGCGCGCCCAUGACGUUGAGAUGUAUUCGGGGCAUGCAGACGGCAGUGUUGCGGCGUGGAAGGCGUGGACAGAAGAGGAUGUCGAGGUAGAGGAGGAGGAGGAGAGGGAAAGAGAGGAGAGAGAGGGCGAAAAGAAGAGAAAGCGGGGCGUCUUGGACGAGAUUUACCAGGGCUUGACGAAGAAGAGUGGGAGGUUUGGCAGUACGGAAGUGUAGUUGCAAUGGUUGCAAUUCUUGUGGCUAUGUCAAGCGUAGUUAUUGUAGCAGCAUGUCAUUCGGAGCAUACAUGACAAUGACUUUGUUGGUGGGCGUCAAAGCGUAACAGGAAAAUAGGAAUACACGUAAUAGAAAAAAAAAGACAUGAACAGGAUGCUAUGGCGAGCCGAACUGGGGCAAGCGAGCGGGAACAAAGUCGUCUCCAACGGUGUUGCUUGGCCCACUUUGCCCAUGGUCACUCGCAUCAACUGGAAAAGAUGUAGUGCCCGGCAUAGGCUGCGCAUGCACGCGGGCAGGCAGCGGGACGGCAUCGUGUCGUGGGGCAUUGUGCUCACUCGUCGCGGACGGCGAGCGUAUCAAGGGCGACACGGUGGACUGCAACGUCGACAUUUGGGCGGGGUCCUUGGUCUUUCUGUCGAC